UGUUGUACUGAUUCAUUUGUGCUGUACAGUUAUGUUCAUUUCUGAUUCCUUUUGGGCUCUGUACAUAAUCAUCAAAUAACAACUAGGAACUUAGUGUUCGUGGAAGUUUACAAAAUGUGAAAUACAUUUCUUCAUUCGAGAUUUUUCUGUUUCUAAAUAUCUUUUAGUGAAUUUUAGACUUUUUUUUUAAGUGCAGUGCUACGUGAAUUAUUUUUACUAAAACGUGUAAUUUUAAAAUAUAAGAAGACAUUAGCUCUAGAACCAUCUAUACAAUGAUGCCAUGUAUGAGGAAACGAUGUUUACCUAUUGUCGGAGCUGUGGUGUUUAUUACUGUGGUAUCGUUAUUUGGAGUGUUUACUGUAGGGACAUACAGCAAAGGUUUAGUUAGAGACCAGGACACACUCGACAGAGAGGUUCUAAAACACUCAACUGACAUCUACGGAAACAUAGAGCAUGUCAUUGUAAAAACAUUAGACGCUAAAAUUGAGAGCUUAUCUAAAGUUUUAUCAAAUGUUUCUGUUCAUUUUCGAGAAUCAUCGUUAAGAGAAAAAGUCAACAUUCAAAGAUCGAUAAUUGAGUUUCUUUCCCAACCAAUCAGAAACGAGCAUAAUUUUUCCUACCUCCAUAACCCGGAGAGAACAUGUCGUCAAAGUUUGGUUAAAUUGUUGAAUGUGGUACCAUCUGCAUUGAGAAACUUUGACCUGAGAAAUAAACUGCGCAGUGGGAAAAGAUUUUAUUUUAUUAACAAUACCAGUAACUACGCCCGUAUGCUGUUUUUUCUUGGGACCACACACAAUGAAACUUUACUUGAACAAAUAAACAAAGAAGCUAAAAAAUUCGGGGACAUUGUGCAAGAAAAUUAUAUGGACACUUACAAGAAUAUCAGACAUAAGGCAAUGUCCAUGCUAAAGUGGGCGGUGACAUUUUGUCCAGGUACACAAUACGUAUUAAGGACUGAUGACGACAUUGAUGUUAACUUAGAAAAAAUUGUGGACGCUAUGAAAAUGACCAGUCAAAAAAUGGAAAAUUUUAUUCUGGCAAAAACUAAAAAGAACGAAGGCCCAGUCAGAAACAAACAUUGGAAGGUUUACAUAUCAGAGGAAGAAUACCCUAACAGUACAUAUCCCACAUUUGGGCUUGGGGGCUUGCUGGGCUACCCCAUGGGGACAGUCAGACUACUGUACCAGGCGGCGCUGAGGGUCAAGCCCAUCUGGUUGGAUGAUGUCUUCAUCACGGCUUUAUGUGCACCUAAGGUCAACGUGACCUUGCUAGAACAUCCGGCGUUUACAUUUAAGCAUUAAAACCUGUACAAUAAUAGUUUGGGAGCAAUUAUUUACCGUAAAUUGAAUAUUUAGUUUAAUUAAUAUUUCUGUCAUCUAACAUUUUUUUUGUACAUUGAAAAUAUAUGAAGUAACUAGCAGUACUGUGUUCAUUACUUACAUGGCUGCUAGUAAAUACUGAUUCUAAAUUGUUGGAUAAUGUAUAUAGUAGUUUCAACGUAGGCCGUGGUUUCAACAUGGACCCAGAGAUACUGCAUAUCGUGGUUUGAUUUACUUGCUCUAAAUUACAAUGUCCCAAAAGGACCUUGAUGCACCAAAGGAACAUUGACUUCUAGAUACUUAUCUAGCGAACCAGAUAGUACAUAGCUGUGUUUUUUUUUUGUUAACCGACAGCCCACUUAUAUUUGUGACAAUGUUGUUUUAAUUUCAUGUUGGAGUAGAAUACGGCGACAGAAUUACGUCAUUUCUCAA